AUGGACCGCGACGGCGCGCACGGUGAGAUCUCGCGAGCGUCUCCGUUCAUUCGCGACGUCCUGCUGGCGCGCGUGCGCGCGGUGCGAGCGGGAGACGCGGAGACGUUGGCCGAACCGUUGGGCGCGCACGCGAUCGAGUUCGACGACGUGCGGCUCGCGGCGUCGUCGGUGCGCGAGGAGAAGGGGAAGGACGCGGUGGACGUGAGCGUGGGGGCGCCGCCGGGGGCGAUGGACGGCGCGCGGGCGCGGGCGGACGCGGAGGCGCUGUGCGCGAGCGGAACGGCGACGCGGGUUCGGGACAAGGCGAACGCGGGGUACGAUCUUACGCUCCGCGUGGACGUGAGCGAGCUCGCGGCGAUGGAGAGCGAGGCGGCGCGGAUGGAGGUGAUCGAGCGCGCGGCGAGGGUGCGAAGCGCGGUGUACGGGGCGAAGCUUCGAGCGCACCUGCGGGCGCUGGGAGAGACUGGCGGAACGGAGGGCGCGCUCGAUUGGCACACGCGUCGACCGGGGGAGACUAUGUUCAUCAAACCGCAGAAGGAUCAGGUGACGGUGGUGUUUCCGAUGCGAUUCGAGGACGCGCGGGAUGCGGUGAUCGCGACGCAGUUUUUGACGCACUUUGCCGAGGUGCGAAGGACGCAAAAGGAUUUGUCCACGGCGCCCGCCGUGUCUUACAUUAAAACCCCGCCGUUAGAGCUCAAGGAAGCGCCCGAGGAGUUGUUGAACGUGGCUGCGACGAACGGUGGGUACGUCUCUUUCGUUCUGUUCAAGAGACACGUCGCCGAAGACCGUCUCGAAUCGACGGUGUGGAACAUACUUACGUUUCACGCCUUUGUGAGCUUCCAUAUAAAGUACUCCAAGGCGUAUUGGCACAGUCGCAUGCGUAACAAGGUAGAAUCGUGGUUGAGUAUUCUUAAACGCGCGAAAAAGUCGGAUCCGAACGGUCCGAAGAAGAUGACGACGGCGAGUGGACGCACGUUUGUUCGAAAGUGA